AUGGCAGUUCGUCCCGCAACAAACAAUUGAAAAGCUCUACUUUUUCAGUGCUGCAAGAAUCCUGCAAUGUGCUUAUUUUCAGUCUGCGUUCCAUGCGGUAUCGCAUGCAUGCAAUGCAAAUCGCAUAGCUUAAUAGAUCACACAGGCCUUCAAGCUUGUGCAUGUGCAUGCUUUUUAGGAUGUAUUGGCCAAGCCAUAAACCGAAGUCAGCUGAGACAAAAACUUAACAUAGAAGGUGGAUUUGCUCAAGAUUUAUGCUGCUCAUGCUGUUGUCCUUGCUGUGCAGUAAAUCAAGAAUGGAGAGAAACGAUGAUUUUUAAAUUUAAAGAUGAAACAAGGUCAAUAUUCAAUGCAAGCGAAGCUCCUCCACCUCAACCUCCUAAAGCUUAA